AUGGUGAUUAUCUCUGUGGGAACGUCGCGCUUGGGUAUCGAGCAUCGAGUAAAAUUCGAACCACUGCGAAGAGGACGCCGGCAACUAACAAUGGUAUCGCGUGAUUACGCGUGCAUUCCGCUGCGUGCACUUACAUACGAGCAGGAGAGAAUAGAGAAGUGGGGAGAAGGGUGGGGAGAAGAGGAUGAUUACGCAAGACUACAUAUGCCGCAUGUCGCUCGAUCGCCUGAUGAUAAUCGCGGGUAAGGUUUAUUCGUGACGAUCUCGACGUGAGGUGUGAAUUGGAGCGCAAUGGAAGCUGCAGCGGGACGAUUUCUUCUCCUGAUGGCAAUCUUGUCUCUCGCGACACAAGAGGAAAUCGCGGAGGGUGCGUGCAGUUGCGCGGUGUUCCCUGUUCCGGGAACGAAGUCGAUAAUAGAGCACACGCUGAAAUACAAUGUGAGCUGCAAUGAAGAAGGCGCUGAAAAGUGUCAACAAUUAUGUAUCGCCUUAGCUGAAGGUUCUCGAGAUAAGACACCAAUGCUGAUUUGCGAGAAACAGAAUGUGCAUGUCGAAAAUUUGAAGGUGGCCGUAUAUAUGAAAUCGUGUAACACGGCUCUGUGGACACUCACUGGUUUGGAGAGCAUCGAGCCCAUUUGCUGUCACGAAGGGAAGGCAGUUAUUUGUGACGAGGCGAUGUCGAUAAUAGAGAAUUAACGAGCUCUCGCAUCCAAUUCAUUAUUCUCCGCUUAUUUUCACCACCAACGGGUAUAUCUUACUAUUGAUUACAUAAUAACGUGCGCGGUGUAAUUAAUACAAAAUACACCACUGUCUGUUAUGUUAACACCAUUAUACGCGUAUUAAUUUCUAGCUUGAUAUUUUCGCAAUUAGUAAUUUUCUGCAGAUUUAUAAGAUUAUCGUAAGAGUAUUAUGUACAAAUAAUAAAGUACGCAAACAACAAUA